AUGACACCUUUUUCAGAGAGUAAUGAAAGUGGUGGUGUUGGCGGUGAAAGUACGGUAGUAGAUGGUAACGCUGACGGCGGUGGCAUGGUGGCGGGCAAUGGCAGCACUCUUGACAUCGGCUCGUCGAAUCAAGCUACCACUGGUUCGUCUUCAUCGUCAUCGACACCCAUCAGUAAGCCACUCUCAAUUCCAUCGCCAUCAGGCGGUGGCAGUGCAGCAACCAGCUUAAACUCAUCGACAGGAACACCCAACCCAUCGACUUCGCCACCCCUCUCCGACAUCGAGCAGUAUCUCAGUGCCUACAGCUCGGAUCUGCCAGAGCUGGUUGUAGCCGCCUGUUGGUGGGCAGACUCGCUCGCAAAGCUCAACAAUCAUAUACCGAAAGACAACAUCAGACGCUUCCGCAAAGAGCUGAUCAUAGGUCUCCGCGAUCGCACCAAAGGACAUUGGUAUCCGGACAAUCCAGAACGUGGCCAAGGAUACCGUGCCGUCGUAUGCGAGGAGACCACUGACCGCCUCUUAAUUGAUGCCGCCAAGCGCUCCGAUAUUCACGGUGAAUUUAGAUCUUUCUUUAAACAAAAUACAACAAUGUGGAUCGAUCCUGGCAAUGUAACAUAUAGACAUGGCAAACAUUAUGAAAAGACAUUAUACCCAUUCAACAGUAACAGUAGCAGUAGCAGCAGCAACAUCAGCAGCUCCUCAAUGCAAUACAGCAACGGCAGCAACAACAGCAGCUCCUACACCAGUAACAAUAUAAAUAGUAGUAAUAGUAACAUAUAUUUCGGUUCCAAUGGCAUCAAUAAUUCCAUCUUGAACCAAGUCGUCAAUCAGACACCUCCACGCCAGAAUGUAACUAGAAUCUCCUCUCCAUCAUUAUCCUCCCUUGCACCCGUCUUUUCACCCUCCUCUCCAUCUGUAUAUCAUCCCCACCUUUCACAAUCACCAACUGUUUCGCCACCAACUUCACCAGCCAAAGAUCUUCAAAACUCCAAUCGAAAAUCUCAAAAUAUGUAUAAAUCAUUGUUCAGACAAAGCUCAUCAAUCAACUCUUUAGUUAGAACCAAUAUAUUCAAGAAUUCAUUUUGUACUACCAGCACAACUGGAUUCCAAAAUAUUUUGGUUGAAAAGAAAGGAAAGGUUGGUGUUGUCACACUCAACCGUCCAAAGGCUUUGAAUGCAUUGUCAGACGGUUUGAUCAAUGAGAUCAACUCUGCCGUCAAGCAAUUCCAAGAGGACAAAGAAGUAGGUUCAAUCAUUAUUACCGGUAGUGAGAAGGCAUUCGCUGCCGGUGCCGACAUCAAAGAGAUGGAAAAGAAGACACUCGCUGAAGCCUACAACACCGAUAUGUUGGCUCAAUGGCACGAUCUCACCUACAUCCGUAAGCCAAUCAUUGCUGCUGUCAACGGUUACGCUCUGGGUGGUGGUUGCGAGUUGGCCAUGAUGUGUGAUAUCAUCAUCGCCGGUGAUAAAGCUGUCUUUGGUCAACCAGAGAUUAAAUUGGGAACCAUCCCAGGUUGUGGUGGAACUCAACGUUUGAUUCGUGCAAUCGGUAAAUCUAAAGCUAUGGAAUUGGUUCUCACUGGAAACAACAUGAACGCUGUCGAAGCUGAAAAGGCUGGUCUCGUAAGCAGAGUCGUUCCAGCUGAAGAACUUUUGGCUGAAGCAAUGAAAACAGCUGAAAAGAUUGCCUCAUACUCACAACUCACUGUAUCUAUGGCAAAGGAAGCUGUUAACUCAUCAUAUGAAUUAACAUUAAAGGAAGGUAUUCAUUUUGAACGUAGAAUUUUCCAUGCUACAUUCGGAACUCACGAUCAAAAAGAAGGUAUGAGCGCUUUUGUCGAAAAGAGAACCCCAACAUGGCAUAACAAAUAA